GUUGACUUCACUGCUGUCAUUCUUUCUAGGCAAGAGUUUAAAUUUAGUUGGCAGCCCUACAUAUCCCAGAGUGCUUCCUCUAAUUACCCAGGCUCUUGUGUGUGAACACUGUUAGCCAUGGCAGAUCAAAAGGCUUCCAAGUACUACCCUGCCGAGGACGAAGCCCAAUUGAAGCAGGCCCGUAAGACUGCACACCCCACCAAAUACCGCUCCUCCCUCGCCCCAGGCACUGUCCUCAUCUUGCUCUCUGGUCGGUUCCGCGGCAAACGUGUCAUUCUCUUGCGCCAGCUCUCCCAAGGUGUUCUUCUAAUAACAGGUCCCUUCAAGUCAAAUGGCGUUCCCCUUCGCCGUGUGAACCAUCGCUAUGUCAUCGCUACUUCUACUGUCGUGGACAUCUCGGGAAUCGAUAGUGAAGUGCUAGAGAGGGCAGAAAAGGACGAAUACUGGGAGAGAGAGAAGGGCAGGGAUGACAAGGGAGAGGACCACUUCUUCAAGGGAGAGACAUCGCAGAAGAAGGACACAGAUCCCCAGAGGACAGAGGACCAGAAGAGGGUAGACAAAGCACUCAUAGCGAACAUCCGGAAGGUGCAAGACCUUGAAGCCUACCUCAGUUCGAACUUUAGCCUAAGGGGAAAUGAGCGCCCACAUGAGAUGGUCUUCUGAAAGGCGCAAGGGAGAUAGUGUAUAACAACAAAAUUGCAAUCAGGCAUCCUCGUCUAAUAGGACAGGCUUCACUGGUUGCUCAUACGGGGUUGGAGUAAAAUUCCUACUGGAACGCACAGAGUUGAGUGCGUCUAGAGGCUGAGCCAAGCGACAAGAGUGCUAUGUACAUAAACGAUACCCUAUCUCGAAGGUCCCUUCAUUCAGCACUUCUAGCCUAUCACAGGAUAUCCCAUAAAUCUUCGAUCAAAGGGAACAUAUUAGCACCACUUAUGUGAGAACCACUGUCUUUCAUACCGGUAUCCCGAACUGUGUUUUUCCCGGUCAACAUGAGCAUCACUCAACCCAAGACCUGCACUCCACAAUCUACUAGGGAUCACCGGCACGGCUGCUAGCUCCAGGCAUCAGGUUGAGAUUUUUUAGAACGGACUUCAAUUGUGUGUCGGGCAUUUUUAAUAAACACCAACCUCUUAAC